AUGAAAAAAUAUGUUGACUACGAGAAACUGAGACAGCUCCUAAGAGAGGAACCAUGGGAUGGAAUACUUUGCGAUGGGGAAGUAAACGCAAAAACUGAUAAAUUCAUGACAGUUUUUACUGAAUGUCUUCAUAACUCCACAAAGGAAGUGAAGUACUCCAGAAAGAAGUUUGGAAACAAGGACUGGGUAACAUCUGGGAUUCUCAAAUCAAUAAAUAAAAAGAAUGAAAUGUACAAAAAAUUAUUAAGAGAUCCACUGAAUACAAAUCUGAGAGAAAUAUACAACAGAUAUAGGAACAAACUACUCAAAAUCAUUUCAAAUCAAAAGCGAUCAUUUUCACGUAGAGCUCUUUCUGGUACCACUUCGGGGACGAAGACACUGUGGCAGGCUGUAAACAACAUAUGUGGUCAAAACUUUUCUGAGAAGAAAAUAUCAAGAAUUAAAACAAGAGAUGGAGUAUUUACUGAAAAUGAGGAGGAAAUUGCGGAGGAGCUGAAUCUAUAUUUCAGCGAAGUGGGAAGGAAAUAUUCGGAAAAAAUAACAGAACCGAGGUAUUUUGAGGAGGAAGAUGAUUUCCUUGGUGAAACUAUGUUUCUAUACCCGACAGACGAGACUGAGGUGCAGAGAACAAUUGAACAACUUAAAAACGGAUUAUCAGCUGAAUAUUAUGGUUUUAGAACAGAACUGCUAAAAGAGGUAAAAAUCGAGAUUUCUAAACCAUUGGCCUAUUUUAUCAAUAACAGCUUUGAAACUGGCACCUUUCCAGACCUUCUGAAGAUCGGUAUUCCCAAGCCCAUAUUCAAAUCAGGAGAUAGAAGCGAGGCAACCAACUAUAGACCGAUAUCACUAAUAUCAAAUAUAAGUAAGGUUAUGGAAAAAAAUAUUGAAGACGAGAAUGGUUAA